GGCGCGUGGACCCGAAGCUGCGACAUUGCAUGAAUAUUGGGGUUCGGUGUAAAUGCAAGUCUCCAUGGCGACGGAGGAAAAGCCUCGGGAUGACUCGUGUUGUGGAAAUGAGAGUUUGCAGGAGAAAAUGUCAGGAAACAGUCUGGUAUUACCCAUAGUGCUGUGGGGCCGCAAUGCUCCCACACACUGCAUCUCCAGCCUGCUGGUGAUGGAUGACCUGGCCACCAUCAUCAGCGGCUGCCAUGACGGGCAGAUCUGCAUCUGGGACCUGACCCCUGAACUUGAGAUUAACCCUCGCGCUCUGCUGUUUGGACACAGCACCUCCGUCACCUGUCUGUCCAAGGCCAGUGCGAGCAGCGAUAAGCAGUACAUGGUCAGCACCUCGGAGAGCGGAGAGAUGUGUCUAUGGGAUGUAAAUGAUGGUCGCUGCAUUGAGUUCACUAAGCUGGCCUGUGCUCACACGGGUAUACAGUUUUACCAGUUCACCAUCGGGACCCAGCGUGAGGGUCGUCUCCUGUGUCACGGUCACUACCCGGAGAUCCUCGUGGUGGACGCCACCAGCCUGGAGGUCCUUUACUCUCUGGUGUCCAAAAUAUCGCCUGACUGGAUCAGCUCAAUGAGCAUCAUUCGCUCCCAUCGCACCCAGGAAGACACAGUGGUAGCAGUGUCUGUGACUGGAAUUCUGAAAGUGUGGAUCAUCACAGCAGAAGUGAGCCGAAUGCAGGAUCUGGACCCUGUCUUCGAGGAGGAGUCCAAGCCGAUCUACUGCCAGAGCUGCCAGAGUAUUUCAUUCUGCACCUUCACGCAGCUGUCUCUGCUCGUCGUCUGCUCCAAAUACUGGAGGGUUUUUGAUGCAGGAGAUUUCUCGCUCCUGUGCUCCGUGCCCAGCGAGAGCGGGCAGGCGUGGACAGGAGGAGAGUUCAUUGCCGCCGAUAAGGUUAUAAUCUGGACCGAAGACGGUUGCAGCUACAUCUACAAACUUCCAGCCAGCUGUCUGCCAGCCAGUGAGCACUUCCGCAGUGAUGUCGGGAAAACGGCAGAAGGUUCUAUCCCUCCUCUGGUGUACAGCAUCGCAAACCGUGCAGACAAACAGCUGGAGGAGGAGUGCGAGGGGCAGUGUGUUAUCGUGUGUAUCCCCGACAGCGCAUCCGGUCCGGAGCUCUACACUCCUGAGCUGCUGUACCUCCAGCGGCCUCUAGAGGCACCAUUACUAAUCUGUCCUCCGGUGACACGCUUCUUUUACGGCCGUAGAGAGCCGUUCCAUAAGCUGCUGGUUCAGGGCGACUCUGCAGGCAGGCUGACGCUGUGGAGCAUCCCGGACACUUCACCACUGCAGCCGCUGUCUUCAGCUGCGGAGCUGCAGGUUUCCUCCACGAUCUGCCUGCAGGAGGCGUUCGAUAAACUCACUCCACUCCCCGCGGGCAUCAUUGACCAGCUGAGCGUGCUGCCCGGCGCCGAGGAGCCCAUCAAGGUGACGGCGAGCGUGUACAUCCCGUCACAGGGACGCCUGGUAUGCGGAAGGGAAGACGGCAGCAUCGUCCUGGUCCCCGCCACGCAGACCGCCAUUGUCCAGCUGCUGCAGGGAGAACACAUGCUGCGCAGAGGCUGGCCCCCACACCGCACCCUGAGAGGACACAGGAACAAGGUGACGUGUCUGCUGUACCCCCACCAGGUGUCCCCGCGCUACGACCAGCGCUCUCUGGUGUCGGGUGGCGUGGACUUCUCCGUCAUCGUCUGGGACAUCUUCACCGGCGAGAUGAAGCACAUCUUCUGCGUGCACGGAGGAGAGAUCACGCAGCUCCUCGUCCCACCAGAGACCUGCAGCAUUCGGGUUCAGAACUGCGUGUGCUCCGUUGCGAGCGAUCACUCAGUGGGUUUGCUGAGUCUCCGUGAGAGGAAGUGCAUCAUGCUCGCCUCGCGCCACCUCUUCCCAAUCCAGGUGAUAAAAUGGCGCCCGUGUGACGAUUACCUGGUGGUGGGCUGCUCCGACGGCUCGGUGUACGUCUGGCAGAUGGACACAGGAGCGUUGGACAGGUGUGUGAUGGGGAUCACGGCGGUGGAGAUAUUGAAUGCGUGUGAUGAGGCCGUCCCUGCGUCUGUAGACGGUCUGAAUCACGCGGCAGUGAAUCUGAAGCAGGCCAUGACGCGCCGCAGCCUGGCGGCACUGAAGAACAUGGCACAGCACAAACUACACACACUUGCUACCAACCUGCUCGCCACAGACAACGCAGACAAGGGCAACUUGCCUAAAUACUCCCACAAUGCACUGGUGGUGCAGGCGAUGAAGACGAACCUGACCGACCCGGACAUGCACAUCCUGUUCUUCGACGUCGAAGCCGUGAUCAUCCAGCUGCUGACCGAGGAGGCGCAGCGUCCCAAUCCCACCCUCGUGUCCCCCGAAACACUGCAGAAAGCCCCGGGGGGCACCGACAAGGGCGGGUCCUUCCUCGCCAACAAGAUCUUCAAGCAGGUAAAAGAAACCAUCAAAGAAAACAUCAAGGAGCACCUGCUGGACGAAGACGAGGAUGAAGAGGAGGAGGCUCGCCGGCGUGAGGAGAAAUCCAAAUCCCUCAGUCUGCUGGAGUACAACCUGACCAUGGACACGGCCAAGCUCUUCAUGUCCUGCCUGCACGCCUGGGGCCUGAACAGCACGCUGGACGAGGUGUGCGUGAGCCGACUGGGCAUGCUCAGACCGCACACGCCCAUCUCCUUCGGCCUGAUCUCGGGCGGCCACAUGUCCCUCAUGCUGCCCACCUUCAAGGACUCGCUGUUGAGGCAGUUAGCGAGUAGCGUCGGCCUCGAAGGCAGGAAGCUCUCCGUUUCUGAAGUGGUGGGCAAGGGCACGUACGGCGUCUCGCGUGCGGUCACGACCCAGCACCUGCUGUCCGUCAUCUCGCUGGCUAACACACUCAUGGGCAUGACCAACGCCACGUUCGUGGGCGAGCACAUGAAGAAAGCGCCAGUCAGGCCUCCAAGACCCGGAGCCCCAGAGAGCCCCAAAAAGACGCCCCCCCAGGUCUCCACCCCGGCCAUGCAGUCCCAGAUCAAACAAGCUGCUGCCGCUGCUUCCACCUCCGCUCUCGCACCCGGCACAGGGGCGCCUCACGCCGCCUCCACCUUUCAUUCUUCUCCCUCCGUAAAUGAAGGAUGGAGUCAGUUGGCUGCAAUGCACUGUGUGAUGCUGCCUGACCUUCUGGGGCUCGAUAAGUUCAGACCUCCCUUGCUGGAGAUGCUUGCUCGCAGGUGGCAGGAUCGCUGCUUGGAGGUGUGUCAGGAAGCGGCCCAGGCGCUCCUGUUAGCAGAGCUGCGCCGGAUCGGUCAAUCGGGCAGAAAGGACACCAUCGACUUGUGGGCCCCGUACCUGCCUCAAUAUGUGGAUGCUGUCAGCUCACCCGGAACAGCGCCAGAGACAGCCCAGCCGACUCCUCCCCCUGCUGAAGCCCUGCCCACUGAGCCCAAAGCUCCAGAGGAAGAGCUGGAUGUCACUGACGAUGACAUCACUGCAGGAUGUCUGAGUAAUCUUCCUCCCAGUGCCAAGAAGAUCUCCAACUCGUAUGAGGAACGCAGGAAGCAAGCGACCGCCAUCGUGCUGCUCGGCGUGAUCGGAGCAGAGUUCGGGGCAGAGAUCGAACCCCCCAGACUCCCGUCUCGCCCCAGGACCAGCGGCCAGGCGCCCGAGGGCUUCGGCCUCAGCACUGUGGGAUCCAACUACUCGCUUGCACGCCAUACCUGUAAGGCCCUGACGUUCCUCCUCCUCCAGCCCCCGAGCCCCAAACUUCCCGCCCACAGCACUAUCCGACGCACCGCCAUUGAUCUGAUUGGCCGAGGUUUCACGGUGUGGGAGCCCUACAUGGACGUCUCGGCGGUGCUCAUGGGCCUGCUGGAGCUGUGUGCCGACGCUGAGAAACAGCUGGCCAACAUUACAAUGGGUCUUCCCCUGAACCCGGCAGCCGACUCUGCUCGCUCCGCCCGCCACGCGCUUUCUCUGAUCGCCACGGCACGGCCACCAGCCUUCAUCACCACCAUCGCCAAAGAGGUGCACAGACACACAGCGAUGCAGUCUCAGGGAUCACAGUCUCAGCAGAACGUUCACACCACCGCUCUGGCCCGAGCAAAAACCGAGAUCUUACGUGUCAUCGAGAUUCUCAUCGAGAAAAUGCCCUCUGACGUAGUGGACCUGCUGGUGGAGGUGAUGGAUAUUAUUAUGUACUGCAUCGAGGGCUCUCUGGUCAAGAAGAAAGGUCUCUCUGAGUGUUUUCCUGCAGUCUGCAAGUUUUACAUGGUGGCCUAUUGUGAUCGGAGUUACCGCGUGGCUGUCGGCGCUCGCCAGGGUUCUGUUGCACUUUAUGAUGUUCGCACGGGCAAAUGCCAGCACAUCCACGGUCAUAAAGGCCCCAUCACUGCUGUAUCCUUCGCUCCGGACGGACGCUACCUGGCAACCUACUCUAACGCUGACAGCCACAUCUGCUUCUGGCAGAUGAACACCUCACUCUUGGGCAGUAUAGGGAUGCUAAACUCCGCCCCUCAGCUGCGCUGUAUUAAGACCUAUCAGGUGCCCCCGGUGCAGCCGGCGUCUCCUGGCUCUCAGAACUCCCUCAAACUGGCUCGUCUCAUCUGGACCUCCAACCGCAACGUCAUCCUGAUGGCCCAUGACGGCAAAGAGCACCGCUUCAUGGUAUGAGGAGCCCACGCCCUCACCGAGCCCACGCUCCGUGGAGAACUUCAGAACCACGGACCUCCGAGCGGAACCGACCCCUGGGGCCGUGUCCGGGAGAAAACGUCUUAUCCGAAACUUUUUCGUGUGUUUACAUGGCUGUUUUUUUUCCUCUUCCCAUUCCGUGUUUUAUUUAAAUCACUUCUAAGUGUACUCUUGUGUCCAGUAGAUGGACUUUGGACAAUCGUCGUCUCGAGUCGUAAACAGGUCAGUGGUCAACAGGGGACUUCUUAUGAUAUGAAGGGAUGCGACGGGAGGCUUUUUGUUUCAUUUGCACCAAGCGAAUGUGUUUCUGGCACAUAACCUGUUCUCCCUGGGGCCCUUGUGGUCCUCCUUCUACCUAUCGCUAGUACCCUUGUGAUCCGUGUGUGAGCUCUGAAAUUGUUCCUGCAUGAGGUACUGAAACUUUUCUCACAUUUCAUACAGACCGUAAAAUGGACCAGAGCCACUUCCUGCGUAGGAGAGGGUUGGAAAAAAAAUAUAUCAGUCCACGUCUUGGUUUGGCAGGAAGUCCACAAUCGGGACACUUCCUGUUUGUUUUUGCGACCUUCCUUUUUCCACAGUGGAAAAUAUUCCACGUCGGACAAAAAAAAAAUGUCGUUAAUGAAUAAAUAAUUGUAAUUAUUGGAAGAUCGCGUUAGUAAAUCUACUUCCUUCUAGACAAUUGAUAUCGCCAUUUCCUGUUUAAGGCAUAGAUGAUAGAUAUGACCACUUCCUGUCAGCAAUUCUGACCACUUCCUGCAUUCCCCUAGUCAAAGAUUCGGACCAUUUCCUGUCUGGCUGUAGUCGGCAAACCCAAAACCCUCGUUUAAGUUUUUAUAGAUCUCUCUGACAGUGUGGGAGUGGCCUUCAGUCUCGGUCUGACUUGUGACAGUGUGUAGUGGAUGAACAUUAUCAUAUCAUGUGUUGUUGAUUGGUACAUAUUCGUCGCAGCCGGAAGACGCCCAAGCGUAGCUUAUUGUGUUUUUUGUGUAGUGUUUUGUUGGUUUUGUCUCGUCUCGUCUCGUUGUGAGUCGUCGUUGUGUUUUUUUUUUUUUAUUUACAUUUUUUUUUUAUUAUCAUUGUUGAAUAUUUGCUCGUGUGGUGUUGAGACGCUGUAUCGCUAUUUAUCAAGUAGCUUUUCUUAUCUGGGCUUUGGAGUUAGCUUGUGUUGAUAAUGCUGACAAGCCUGCUAACACACACACACACACACACACACACACACACACACGUGCUGUAGAUACUAGCUCAGAAUAAAUGAAGGUACAAAAAAAAAAAAGACUAUUUUCGCCAAAUGUUUGUGUCGUUUCUAAAUCCGUGUGUGUGUCUGGUACGUGUGUGUGUUUGUGCGCACACGUUUAUGAUUUUCUGGUGAGAAAUAAACGAGUAGAAGGAGAAAAACAGCGGA